AUGCUGGAUUACGUUGAGCAGGAGGCGCGCGCGCGCGGCGUCACGCGGCUGGUGCUGCUCACCACGCGGACUGCGGACUGGUUCAUGCAGCGCGACUUCCGCCUCGCCGGCCCCGCGGCCGGCAGCGAGCUGCUGCCCGAGGCGCGCCGCCGCCGCGUCAACGCGGCGCGCAACAGCCAGCUGUACGUGAAAGAGAUACUGCCGCUGUCGCAGGAGGACGGGCCAGUGGUCGCCCCGGGGAAGCGGAUCGGCUUUUGA